AUGUCUACUCAUACGGGAAUGAGUGCGUGUUGCCUCUCCGGAGUCGUGCACGAAGGCCACCCACAGGGUCGUGAAGACACCAUCGGCGGCCUGCCCACCUACGUCGCGGAGCCCAGCGACAAAUCCACCUCUAAGACCGUAGUCUUUAUCACAGACAUAUUCGGCUGGAAAUUCAAGAACGUGCGACUUCUGGCAGACCAAUAUGCGAAAGCGGGGUUCUAUACGUAUAUACCUGACGUUCAAGAUGGUGAUGCGCUGGACAUUGAAUUCCUCCAGAGCAUCGAGCCGCCUUUAAAGAAAAAAGAGCAGGAAGGCGUCCUGGACAAGGCGAAGGAGACGGUUGAUGUUAUGGCCACACUUGGACCGUGGUUGGUCAAACAUCGCGAAGCUGUUGCAGAACCUAUCAUCAGUGGGUUUAUCAAUCAUGUUAGAACGAUACCAGGGACGAAUAAGAUCGGAUCGAUCGGCUUCUGCUGGGGUGGGCGUUACUCCAUUCUCCAGGCCCAUGGCCGUAAAGAAGGCCAGAUUGGCGGUGUCGAUGCCGCUUACGCCUGCCACCCGUCCCUCCUUUCCAUUCCAGCGGACAUAAUCCCCGUGUCGAAGCCGACUAGUAUUGCUGUGGGCGAAAAGGACAGUUUGCUCGAUAUGAAAUCUGUAGAUCAGAUCAGAGAAACGCUUGAAAAAACUGGUGUGCCCACGGAAGUGAGGGUCUACAAGAACCAGGUGCAUGGAUUUGCCUUGAGAGGCGACUGGAGCAGUGACGAGGACAAGAAGGCUAUGGACGAAGCGGCGCAGCAGGGAAUCGAUUGGUUCAAGAAAUAUUUGUCUUGA